CCACCCUGCGGGCACUAGGGACCUCCCUGCUCUGGAGCAUCACUCGCCACCCGGCAGCUCUCUGCAAGGAGGGCAGCCAUAAAUAGAUCCUAGUGCAUACCCAGCACGAACGUUUGCUGAGAUUAAUUCUAUCUACCGAACUGCACAUACUCCGAGAGCAUGAGGAGGUGCCUUUCUGAGCUGCACACACCAAGGUCAUCUGGAUGUCAGCAUGGCAGCCACAAACCUGGAGAACCAGUUGCACAGCGCCCAGAAGAACCUCCUGUUCCUUCAGCGAGAGCACGCCAGCACACUCAAGGGGCUCCACGCCGAGAUCCGUCGGCUUCAGCAGCACUGCACAGAUUUGACCUAUGAGCUAACAAUUAAAGGUUCCGAUCCAACAGGAGAUGGCUCUUCCAGAACCACUGAGCUGAAGAGGCGCUGUGAAGAGCUAGAGGCCCAGCUAAAGGCCAAGGAGGAGGAGAACCACGAGCUGCUCCAGGAACUGGAGCAGAAGAAUGCAGCAAUUGUGGUCCUGGAAAACACCGUCCGUGAAAGGGAGAAGAAGUACCUGGAGGAGCUGAAGGUCAAGAGUCAUAAGCUGAGCAUGCUGUCCACUGAGCUUGAGCAGCGUGCCAGCACUGUCGCCUACCUGACCUCGCAGCUGCACGCCGCCAAGAAGAAACUCCUCAGCUCCAGCGGCACCUCAGAUGCCAGCUCGGCCGGCAGCCCUGCACUGGCCAGCUACAAGCCAGCGCCACCCAAGGACAAGCUGCCUGAGACACCCCGUCGCCGCAUGAGGAAGAGCCUGUCAGCCCCACUGCACCCUGAGUUUGAGGAGAUCUACAGGUUCAGAGCUGACAGCCGCAAACUCCUUCUCCGUGAGCCAGUAGAUGCAAUGCCUGACCCCACCCCGUUCCUGCUGGCCCGGGAGUCCGCUGAGGUCCAGCUUAAGGAGCGGCCACUCGUCAUCCCACCUAUUGCCUCAGACCGUGGUGCUGGUGGUCAGCAUAGCCCAGCCCGAGAGAAGCCACACAAGGCCCACAUCGGGGUGGCCCAUCGCAUCCACCAUGCCAGCCAGCCGCAGGCCAAACCUGAGGUGGAGACACUGGCCCUGGACCCAGUCAAUGCAGGGAAAGUGGUACGAAAGCACUCGGGGACAGACAGAACUGUGUGAAGCCUGUGGCCGCCACCACAGCCAUCCACGCACUGUGAGCACCACAGGGAACCUCGCCCACGCCUUCCUCCACCCAUGCCAAAUUGUCCUCAGACCUGUCCACCAACACCCCUAGCGCCUCUUGCCCACGGUGACACCAUACUGCAAUGGCGUCCCUGCUGCAGGUAUUUAUUAGCACUGUGGCCACCACCUGCGUGCUGAUCGCUUGCUUCCAGCCCCACGCUGUGUGAUCUCUGCACGCGUGGAUGAGGCCCAGGCUGCGGCUGUAUCACUAUGCGACACUCAGAGUCAGAUAGUCACACACCUAAAGUUGGAGCAACACAUGCAGACCCUGCUCCCUCCUGGAAACCCCCACACCCCCGUAGACCUUCCUGGGGUGGCAUCGUCACCAAGCAGCUGUAUGCCUAUGUCACAGGAUCUAAAUAAGAUGACUUUACUCUUCAUGUCACCCCAACCUGAACGUGUGUUCAUAUUUUAUUUGGGUUAGUUUUAUCCAUAAUGUUAAAGAUCCCAACAAACUUUAUUUUCUAAACCUGC